AUGUUCGAGUUAUUAGAAGAGCAACUCUUGCGAUCCAGCGAUACGUCCUUUCAUUAUACACACUAUCGGGAUGUUCCAAGUCUUUUGCCAACGUCAAGGCUGCCUCUUAUAGAACCAUGUCUUAAGAGAGAAUAUCUGGAUAAACACCUUUUAUUUACCACCGACUUGUUGAGUCUCUUUGGAAUCUACAUACACAGGCCUACUGGGCUACUCAUAUGUGCUUGUAAAGACAAGAAAUCUUUCGCUUUGAGGCUCGACCGUUAUGAGUUGCAGGAUGUCAUCAACCGCUCCGAGAGAAAUGAUCUGCUGUUGUCGAGAAAGCAGAAGGAAGGAGUGCACUAUAUCAAUUAUACGAACCGGCCAGGGUUCAAGUUCAACAGGCCGCACGUAGUGGUAUGGUCUGACUUGCAGGAGGAAAUUACAUUAGAAUGCUCGAAAAGAAAACUCAACGUUGUAUACGAGGUAUCGACGGCUAGCUUCAAGAAUAUCUUCCCAUUGUUGCCCGUUUAUUUAGGCAUCAGAGAAAAGGGCAUAGAUCGCGCUCUGGACCUGUCUCAAAGCGAGUACGUCAAAUAUUUGACAGACGGUGAGCACAAGAUUAUUCUAUUUCAGCGACUCUACUCGGUGCAAGAACGAUUGACAAUCCAGCUGGACGGCUCGCUACCCAACGUGUCUGGUGCUGUCACGGACUACGUGGAGACUAAAUAUCAAGGCGACGUUGCUACCUUUAUCAUCGAGUGGUAUCGAUCGCAGCUGAAUAAGAACGUCAACUAUGAAGACGUUGAGCCGAAGGAAAUGAGCAAUGAUUUGGCGGACUUCUACGGGAUCUUCCCGGAGGUUCUUGGGGACGCAUCAACGGAGGCUAAAGAGAGCGACAUAAUCUCAGACGACGAAACUGAAAUCACUGGCGUGCAAGUACAUUUCACCGAUGACCGGGUAAGCAAAUAG